UUCAACGUUUCUACUUCGGAAUGGAAAGCUGAUCCUAUAUAUUUGCCUACGAGAAACGCCAUUGAUCCUUCAUUACGUGGUCUGGUGACAACAGCUCCUACCUACCAGCUCUCAUGUCCCUGCUAGAUAAAUGAAAAUACAUUACACAAUUAAAUUAAGGUAGUGAAAAAUAAAGUUAAAGAAAAAAAUGCUUUCUCGUUUAUUGAAGGAGCAUCAUGCAAAGCAAAACGAGAGAAAAGAACUCCAAGAGAGACGCAGACGAGAGGCAAUUGCAGCUGCCACCUGUCUAACAGAAGCCCUGGUGGAUCACCUUAAUGUUGGGGUGGCCCAGGCGUACGUGAACCAGAGGAAGCUGGACCACGAGGUGAAGACGUUACAGGUGCAGGCCGGCCAGUUCUCCAAGCAGACCGCUCAGUGGAUCAGUAUGGUGGAAGGCUUUAACCAAGCCCUGAAGGAAAUAGGUGAUGUGGAGAACUGGGCUCGCAGCAUUGAGGUGGACAUGAGAACCAUCGCCACAGCUCUGGAGUACGUACACAAGGGUCAGCUCACAUCAGCCUCUUCAUAGAUACGCUGAACCAUAACCUGGAACUGAUAGCCUGCCGCUAGCUUCAGUAGCCUGAUAGCCUGCCGCUAGCUUCAGUAGCCUGAUAGCCUGCCGCUAGCUUCAGUAACCUGAUAACCUGCCGCUAGCUUCAGUAGCCUGAUAGCCUGCCGCUAGCUUCAGUAGCCUGAUAGCCUGCCGCUAGCUUCAGUAGCCUGAUAGCCUGCCGCUAGCUUCAGUAACCUGAUAGCCUGCCGCUAGCUUCAGUAACCUGAUAGCCUGCCGCUAGCUUCAGUAACCUGAUAGCCUGCCGCUAGCUUCAGUAGCCUGAUAGCCUGCCGCUAGCUUCAGUAACCUGAUAGCCUGCCGCUAGCUUCAGUAGCUGAACGCUUUUACUGUGAGAGUGGUUGACUUUCCACGGAUACCAGGAUUAUUAUUUUUUUACAACUAAAAGCUGAUGAACCAUCUGAAAAGUUGAUUCAAGGCUUCAGUAAUGACUAAGGCUUUAAGGCUUGCCCAGUGUUCACGAGUGACACAUUGUGUUACAGUAGGAACAGUAUGUCUGUGGACAAAUAAACCAUUUUUAGCAGAGCGCCUAUGACCCAUCUGCAACGUUGUUUUGUCCACAACCCUUUAAUUGUUAAAGGUCUGUGCCAAAAUGUAUUGACUGUCGUGGAAACAUCGGGAACUAAUUGUCCACAGACCAGGUAUAAUGGGCAACACCUUCAGAUGGGUUCCAUGUCAAUUUAGCAACACUCCUAAUAAUGAUUUGGCUGUUUGUCCAAACAUUGUUUUCCUUUGUGAGUCAAUCUGUGUAGGAGAACAAGACGAAGCAUAUUUAUCUAAUCCAUUGUAUGGGCAAUGCAAUAGUUCAGAUUGGUUUUAGUCUCUCUCUCUCUCUCUCUGGGGUACCAGUCAGGCAUUCUCUGAAGUUAUUCCAUUUUCCUAUUCCCAUGAGGAUGAAUAGGAUGUUGAAAAUGUGGAUUAGCUGGCGAGACGUUGGAACAAAAGAGGUCUGUUUGUGGAAUAGUACCAUGGAGAAAUAGGAUUUAUUGGCUUGUAAUUGGUCGCCUGUUUAGAAGGAGAGACUUGUCUGGUAACUGCCACCUCUCCUGGAUGACUAAAACUACGUAGUUAAACCAGACUGAACGAUGCCACCAGUGACUAAAACUACGUAGUUAAACCAGACUGAACGAUGCCACCAGUGACUAAAACUACGUAGUUAAACCAGACUGAACGAUGCCACCAGUGACUAAAACUACGUAGUUAAACCAGACUGAACGAUGCCACCAGUGACUAAAACUACGUAGUUAAACCAAACUGAACGAUGCCAUCAGUGACUAAAACUACGUAGUUAAACCAGACUGAACGAUGUCACCAGUGACCUCCGUCUGGGUUAAACGGGUGGUGUCUCUACCCUGUUUUUAAUAAAAAGCCACGUUAAGUCUCUUGCUUCUUGAAAAACCUUUUGGGUCCAUGGCAUGUUCAAUUAAUCGUUCUCUCUCUCACGGUGUAUUUCGUAGCCUGAGUGCCAGUUUCUGCUAUCGUACCGACUCAUUGUCACGCCAAACACAUUUUAACCGCAAUGGCGUUGACGAGAGCACAAAGGGAUCUCGGGGAACCAGGCUAUACGUGUCAAAUGCUCGUAUUUUAACUCUGUUUUGAUGUGACGUUUCUCUAUUCUUGAAUAAAGACAUUUUAAAGUCA